CAACCGCCAGCCGUUCAACCCUUUCCUUUUAGGCCUCCACCCCCCCGGAAGACGCAAACUCAAACUCGUACAAGUCUCCCGACUUCGAAAGAGCGUUCCCCAUCGCCUACAAAGAGCAUUCCCCAUCUCCACCCCCUAAAAUUACAACAACCCUAAACCCUAGACACAAAACCCCCCCUCCUAAACCAUUUCCCUUCAACGACAGCGAUCCUCUGCAGCUUCCUGAAACCGUUGCGUUUACCCCGCCUGCGAUAGAAGAUGCCUUUCUUUGUUCACCAUCCCCGCACUCCGCAUCUGCGCAGGCGGAGAUAUGAUAGGCAGCGGGACGCCCCCCACACGUAUGGCAACACAGUUGAGUGCCUCAAGAUGGUUCUGGUGUUCGCGUCAGGCAUGCUCGCCGUGAUAAUGUUGAUAUCUGGAGGUGAGAGCACUCGCUGCAUGCACACAGAACGCUCUGAUCUGGUCCUUCCGUUCUUUUCCAUGCAGGUCUCGUGUUCAUGUCGCUGACACACGAGGGCAGAAUCCAGCACAUGGGCGGCCAACUGUCACGCCAUGAAGCGGCCAUCUCUCAGCUUGAGCAGUCACUGAUGCAGAUGAGGCACGACCACAACGCGACGAAGACAGGCCUCGCGGACGUGCUGCGCCGCACGUUUCAGGAGCUGCAGACGACCAAGAAUGAGGUCCGCGCCAGCAGGACGGCCCAGCAGGAGGACAAGGCCGCGAUCGAGGGCAUGCUGAUGCAGAUGGCCCAGAACAGCACCGGCCAAGACAAGAGGAUCAGAUACCUCGCUGAGUCUCUCCUCGACCUCACGAGAGCCCAUGAACUGACAAGGCUGUGGGCACUGAGGGCGGGUGGAGCGACCGAGAGCUUGAUGGAUGACGUGGCGGCUCUUCGGGAGAACGUGUCCGAUUUGGAGGCUAUGCAGGAGCAGCUGCAGCUUCUGAAGGAGAAGGUGGACAGCUGGUGGCCGGGGUUCUGGGAGGCGCUGUUUGGAGGUGUCGAGAUGAUUCGGCUUGCGAAAUGGCUGUCGUGCUUCUUUGCUGGAGGGGGCUGGUCCAUCUGUACCAUGCUGUGAUGAGCUUUUCCCUGGUUGCAUGAUGGGUGGAUGUACCAUGCUUGUGCUAUCCUCGGCUGCCCUGCGGCUGUCGUCUUGGGUGGCAGUGCUGUUGGUGAGGCAGUGUCUGCAAGUAUGCCAGACACCGCCAUUCCAACGGGGCCGGCAUGCAGGAUGGCAGGCGCAGGACAGGAAGGCGCUGAAUCAGUGUGCGUGCGUGAGUGUCGGUAUCGUCUGCGUAUCGUAUCGCCUUGAGCUCUGAUGUUAUGUGUGCGUGUGAGGGAUUGGCCACGUUUUGGGUCACACACUCAGAGAGCUGAAGCGCGGGGCUUUGUACCAUAUCACAGGAAGGCCUUGACUGACUGACUGACUGACUGAUCGUAUGCGUUUGCGCAGCCCAGACACACGAGUAGGUAGGGGGACGGUACUCCGUAGUUUGUGGACAGAUCGACUGACACAACGACAGACAUUCGACGCAUCAAAAGCUUCAGUGUAUG